AUGCAUAAGGAUGAUCGGCUGAUAUCUUCUACAAAUGGCAUUAUGCUGAAGUACACCAUCAUCAAUGCAACAAAUCAUGAUCAUGGGUUUUACUACUGUGAAGCUCGUAAUGAAGCAGGAAGCAAGAAUAGUAACGGAGAUACUCUUAGUGUGCACUAUAUCAGGUGCCAACAAAAGAGUGAUUUUAACAGUAUAGUUGCAGAAGGCAAGUCCGUGUCUAUUACAUGUCAAGUGAAUGCUCAACCUUAUCCAAAUUAUACCUUUUUCAAAAACAACAAAGUUGUUAAAAGUGGAUAUGUUAAGGAAUAUAUGAUUGAGAACGCAACAGAAGAAGAUACUGGCGAUUAUCACUGCAUGGCCAUAAAUGAUGCAGGAAAUGUGACAUGUGGACAGAAAAACCUGCUUGUUCAAUAUAUCAGGUGCCAACAAAAGAGUGAUGUUAACAGUAUAGUUGCAGAAGGCAAUUCCGUGUCUAUUACAUGUCAAGUGAAUGCUCAACCUUAUCCAAAUUAUACCUUUUUCAAAAACAACAAAGUUGUUAAAAGUGGAUAUGUUAAGGAAUAUAUGAUUGAGAACGCAACAGAAGAAGAUACUGGCAAUUAUCGCUGCAUGGCCAUAAAUAAUGCAGGAAAUGUGACAUGUGGACAGAAAAACCUGCUUGUUCAAUGUACGUACCAAUUAAUGUAUCCAUUUCUUAAAGCUGACUUUCAUAAGGUGAAGUCGUAA